AUGUAUCGGAAGUACGACACUUCACUCGCAGCCCAAUGCUCUUUAAGAAGAAAUCAAACUGAAAUUGACCGCCAUGGCCGCCGCGAAGAUCUUUUGAUGAGCCGCCGCGAAAUAAAGAGUGAAGACAACAAUUCUGUUGAUUACAGUGAGAGUCAUAUCACAAACGUGUUACGAGGGUUGGUCAACUGUAAUGGUGAGAAAUUUAACGAGUAUUUAUUUGAAUUUAAAACGAUGUGUGAGAACGUCCGGAGCACUUGUAGUAAUGUAGACAUGUUCUACGAGAAAGUGCAAAAUAGUCUGACCGUCAAAAGAUUGUUACAAGUGCUGACCACUGCAGACACAGAAAUGACGAAAAACGUCAUCAUAUCAGUGUUCAUUAACUUGACAUUUUCACAGGCGUGUCUCAAACAAAUGUUGGACAAUCAACUUGAGUACAUUGUCUUACCACUGCUCUCCACACCUCAUCAAACUAACGUCUUGUGGCUGUACGCUAAUUUAUCCGGUGAAAAUGCCGAAACGCGAGAUUCAGUGUACUCGGCUACGAAAGAGACACUGCUCCAAAUGUACCAAACGGACUGUUUAAAGGCAAGUUCAGUUGAAUUGAUUCGACUCAUAUCCAAUUUCUGUCGAUUCAAGCCUCAUAUCAGCUUUGAAGGGUUUGACGGGUUUUUCAAAAUCUUGAUGGACAGUCUGCGAGUAUCAAAUGACAACGCAAAAUGCGUGUUAAGUGCUUUUUUGAAUUUGGUAGAUUCUGAUGAGGCUGUACAUCGGUAUGAAAGUAACAUCUUGUCCGUCAUCGUGUACGGUAUCAACAACAGUGAUUUGGAACUCUUCGACAUUAUUGUCAAUUUCAUUGGAGACAUUGUAUAUCGUACAGACAACUAUAUCGAUACAUUUAUUCAGAGGGAAUUGAUGGAACGAAUGAUUACAGCAUUACAAGUUGGCGAUGAGAAUGUAUCAAAGGAUGUCUUGUGGUGUUUAUCGAAUAUUGUUGCUUCAAACUUGACAUCUGUUCACAACAAAAUUGAACAAACAGGGAUCGUCAAAUUACUCAUCGAGAUGCUGUUGUGUAACACGACGGCAAACAAGUUGAGAUACGAAGUUGCGUGGUGUUUUGUGAAUAUCUUAUCGAUUUUAGACGAGGAAGAAAUUACUCGUGUUGUUCAACACCAAAACUUUUUUGAAGCAAUGAAGGCAGUGACUUUUAUACAAAUUAAAAGAAAAGACGAGAAAUCGAGUUUGAUGGAGUUCUUUUUACAAAGCGUCAGAAAAAUAUUAACGAUUGGCAACAUCCACUCUGUCAAUGGGUAUAAUAUAUAUGCCAGUAGUAUAGAAGAGAAUAAACUGAGUGACAUCAUUUUUUCGUUCAUUGACGACUGUGAAUUGUCACUCGACGUGAGUGAAGAGGCGAGAGAAAUCACAGAAAAGUACUUUUGUGACAAUUGA